AGCUUUCUUAUUAUGAUCAUCAGCAUAAACAUGUUACGUAGACAGUACACCAUGGAUGGCUUCUUGGGGCUGAGGAAAGGUACAUGGACCAAAGAAGAAGACGAUCUGCUUAAACAGUGCGUAGAAAAAUAUGGAGAAGGCAAAUGGCAUCAAGUCCCUCGUAGAGCUGGUUUGAAUAGGUGCCGGAAAAGCUGUAGAUUAAGAUGGUUGAAUUAUCUGAAACCAGAUAUAAAGCGAGGAGAAUUCACAAUGGAUGAAGUUGAUCUUCUCCUUAGACUUCACAAGCUUUUAGGAAACAGGUGGUCACUGAUUGCUGGAAGACUACCUGGAAGAACAGCAAACGAUGUGAAGAAUUAUUGGAAUACUCAUCUGCAAAAGAAGUUUCUUCCUAAUUAUGAGAAAAAUAAAAAUAAGGAAAUUAAUGCCGACAAAAAGACGCAUGGAUGUGACACCAAAGUAAUAAAGCCUCGCCCUUGGACCUUCGCAAAACGUAUGAGUGAGAAUUAUGCUUCAACUAUAAUAAUGGAUAAUGUUAAUCGUCCACAUCAGCAACAAAACUUUCACCAGAAAUCUCUUGAAGAAGACCUCGAUUGGUGGGAAAACUUGCUACAUAAUACAACACCCAAUAAAGGAGCUACGUACAAUGUUAGUGGGUCUGAAGGAGAUGCCAUUUCAAAACUUCCUGAUGAGGAUCAAGAAGGUCGUGAACUAGUUCAACCAAGUAACAUUAUUGGAGAUGUUCUAGUUGAAGACAACCAGAGUUUUUGGAGAGACUUCAACAUCGAUAUGGACCUUUGGGAUCUUUAAAAUUAAUAUGUCCACAUUAUGGUGUACCUCCAGCCCUACAGAAGUGCUGAUAGACUUCUAUAUACGUUUGAAAUCGGCUCGACGCCCACCAUAAUUAAUGCGCGUGGACACCCGCUGUAGAAGUAGAUGUUGGUCAGUUUGGUGUGUUUGGUCGUACUUUGUUUAAAUGGUUGCUCUGUGGAUUAUAGUUUGGAACUUUAAUCUUGUAG